GUCAUCUCUAUCGAGCACUUAUUACCAGCAUCGACUUCGAAGGAAUAAGAAAAAUUCUGCAUUAAAAAUGUUCCAAAAUAGUGCUGCUAAACUUUUGGUGCCCGCGAUUCGUGGAGCCAUGCAAAGGCGCUGCCAAUCCGUCGUCUCCGGACCACCAUCAAAUCACGUCUCCACUGCGGAGAAAGUGAUUCUCGGUGGUGGCAUGUGCGCCGCCUCCUUGUUCAUUCCCGGUUGGGUGCUCUACCACAUCCGUGACUACAAGGGUGGAAAGUAAAUCUGGCACAGCUGGCACGCUUUAAUUUAUAGUAUUUAGUAAAUAAUGUUGCUUAUAAAUGUAGAUUGAAAAAUACUAUAAUAUAAAAAAUACAACAUAAAGCGCUAAACA